GACCCCAGUAGAUUUUAACUUAUUCCAGUGAGAGGUUGGACAUUUAACCAAGUGGUUUUAUUGCAUAAAGUGCGUGGACUGAACGACCUUGCGUAUACGCUCAGUUUACAGAACUCAAUUCGUAAUAACAUAAUACACAACACAAUUUAAAAGGCAAUUAAAUUAUUUACGCUUUAUAUAUGAAGAAGCCGUCAUAAUAUCAAAAUGGCAUUAAAAAUAAAAGGAGCAAUGAUUAUUAUUGUCUGCCAAUGUUUAUAUGUUUCGAGUGGACCAAAUCAUAUGGAUCUAAUAAAACCAAUCCAAACACUGGUGCAAAAGCCUAUGGACCUUCUGAAGUUAGCUGUUUCCUCGAACUAUGACGAAAACAAACCAAAUGAUAUCUUCGACAUUUUCCGAGACAACUAUCCAUUACCAAACAACCUAAAGGCGCCAUAUUCUCAAUACGACUACAUUAUCAUUGGCGCAGGAUCAGCUGGCUGCGUCGUCGCGAACAGAUUAACCGAAAAUCCUAAUACUACAGUCCUUCUUCUUGAAGUAGGCAGACCAGAAUCACUUUUCACAGACUUGCCUUCAAUUGCCCCUUAUUUUCAGAGAACAGAAUAUUCGUGGCCAUAUUACAUGGAACCACAACCAGGUGUUUGUAUGGGUAUGAUAAAUAAGAAGUGUUACUGGCCAAGGGGUAGAGCGGUGGGGGGAUCUAGCGUGAUCAAUUAUAUGAUUUACACGAGAGGAAGACCACAAGACUGGAAUCGUAUCGCAGCUAAAGGAAAUUAUGGAUGGAGUUACGAUGAGGUUUUGGAGUAUUAUAAGAAAUCUGAACGAGCCAGUCUUUUAGGGCUGGAAGAUUCCCCGUAUCAUGGACGUAAAGGGGAAAUGAACAUAGAGUUUACGCCGACAACACCAUUAGCAGACGCAUUUCUCGAAGCUGGAAGAAUAUUAGGAAUACCGACUACUGAUUACAAUGCUCCAGAACAACUAGGAUUUGGUUAUGUACAAACAAACACAGACUCUGGAAGGCGAGUCAGCGCCGCAAAGGCUUUUUUGCACAAUAUUAAAAAAAGAACCAAUUUGCAUAUUUUACCAUUAGCGAGAGCAACAAAGAUUCUUAUAAAUGAAGAUAAAGUCGCCUACGGAGUACAGUUCACAUGGCGUAAGCAAUCAUGGAAAAUUCGUACACGGGAAGAGGUUAUACUUUCAGCUGGUCCUAUAGCCUCUCCGCAACUGCUUAUGUUAUCAGGAAUUGGACCUCGAGACAACCUAGAAAGAGUUGGAGUACCAGUCGUACAAGACCUACCCGUGGGUCGAACUCUUUAUGAUCAUAUAACCUUUCCCGGACUAGUGUUUACUUUAAACACUUCAGCUAGUUUAAUAGAAAACCAAAUUACCUCAAACGCUCUAACGAAUUUAAUUGAAUGGAUUCAAUAUGGUAAUAAUGAGUUAGCUACUGCUGGAGCCGCGGAAGCUAUAGGUUAUAUCAAGACAAUUGAGUCUGAUGAUCCUGAAAAUGUUCCUGAUAUUGAACUCAUAAGCAUUGGUGGCUCUUUGGUAUCUGACGGUGGAGCAAGUGGUAGUAAGUCUGUACGAAGAGGAAUGAUGAUACAGGAAGAACUCUUUGACAAAGCCUACGGACCCAUCGAUGCCACUUAUACUUGGACUGCUUUUCCAAUGUUACUUCAUCCAAAAUCAGUUGGUUACUUAGAAUUAAAAGAUAAUAACCCAAAGAGUCCACCACUCAUGCACGGUAAUUAUCUGACACAUCCUAAGGAUAUCAAAACAUUCGUGGCAUCCAUAAGAUUCAUCCAAACAUUAGCUGAAACAGAGGCCUUCCAACGGCUCGGAGCAAAACUGCAUCCAGCCCAAUUUUCAACUUGUCCGGACCUCCUCUUGAAUUCAGAUGAAUAUUGGGAAUGUGGUGUACGUACCCUCACAGCUACUCUUCACCAUCAGAUUGCAACAUGUCGCAUGGGCCCUGUAGGCGAUCCUCAAGCAGUAGUUGACCCCGAGCUUCGAGUUUAUGGUAUAAGUAGGUUACGUGUAGUGGAUUCUAGUAUAAUUCCUGAACCAAUAUCUUCGCAUACACACGCACCCGCGGUAAUGAUAGGGGAAAAAGCUUCAGAUAUGAUUAAAUCAAGCAGUUUAAAUGGCUGGUAAUGGUGGUAACUUGCAAACGAAAAUUUUACUUUGAAAACUCUUUCUGAAACAAGAACCUAAUUAUGCAAUGUAUAGGCACAAUUAAAUCUAAUAUAGACGAUAUUAAAAUAAUAUAUAUUAUUAAUGAUUUUUUGAAAUGACAAUAAAAAGCGCCUGGUUAAAUUUUAAAGCAGAAUAAAUUUCUCUCAAACUGAGCGAAAGAAACGCCUGUUACAAAAUUUGGAGCAAAAACUAAAUAAAAAUGCCUAACCUAGCCGCUAGGUGCUAUAUACGUUAGGCCCUAGCGUGUGCAAAACAAUAUACUCCAAGUAAUGAAUAUGUGUAAUUGAAAAUUGAGAUAUAAUAUUUAACGUGGUAUUGAUUAAUAAUAAUAGUGUAAUAUUUAAUAACGGCUAAAAGAAAGUUUAACGCACUCAAUUCUCAAUUCAGUUUAAUAAAUUAUCAUAAUUAUAGUAAAUACAAUCACAAGACGACAAUAAAAAUGUUUUAUUUUUAUCCUUUCAAUCAUAAGACUUGUAAAAAGAACAAUAAAGGAAUUUACAUCAAAAUUCGGAAUAAUAU